GAUUGUGAUUGGUUUAAUGGUUUGCCGGCAAGCAAUAUGGCGGCGCCCAUGCGACUCGGGGUGAGUGCUAUUAGGUUGGCCAGAAAGCUUUCGCAAAUACGGUCACUGCGUGGGCUAAAUGCCCCCAGAGCCACUUUUUGUGAUACAUCAGAUAAUAGAGAUAGUUCAGAAAUAAGUCGUUUGGACCAAAGUGGUGAAUCUACCGAGUGGAAGGCAGAGGAAGUUCAGCCUAAAUUAACUGGAUUCGCUCGAGCAUUCGCAAAGCAUUCGGCUGUGCAGCAGACCGGUCUCCCCGAAACAGACGCAUCACCAGAGACGCCUCAGAGCUUUGCUAAGCUCCUAAGACAUUCAUCCCACGUCCAUAUUGGCAACGCCAAGGGUCAAAUUGUCAUUGGAAAAAUUUUUCACGUUGUUGAUGAUGAUCUCUAUAUUGAUUUUGGAGGGAAAUUCCACUGUGUGUGCAAGAGGCCUGAACAAGAUGCAGAGAAGUUCCACCGUGGCACCAAGGUCCGACUUCGCCUGCAGGAUGUUGAGCUGACAGAUCACUUCAUCGGUGCAGCCAGGGAUCUCAGCCUGUUGGAGGCUGAUGCAGAUCUCUUGGGACUCGCCAAACCCCAUACACAAACAAUCUCUUGACUGAUCAAUCGCAUGCAUCAUUCUCUGGAGGAAGGACUCAAACACCCUUGUUUGAUGCAAAAGUUUUUAACAUUAAAGAGUAAUUUGAACAACCUUCUCUCCUCCAUUUUCAACGUACAUGUUAAGCUGGCAUCAUCUGAAAAGUGGCCUGUUAGAAGAUGUUGCAACAAAUGCCGCUUAAAUAUAAUACAGUGUAAAUGAUCAUUUAUCACUGACACAAACAUGGCUGUGCGCACAGUCAUGGACAUUCACUUGGGAUGAAUCCAUGGGCAGAUCCCGGGGUAAACAGAUGCCUACCCCAACCACCCCCCCUUAAUCUUUUUUUUUUUGAAAAAUAAUUAAGGAAUUAAUUUCCCUCCAUUCCCAAAAGUGUGUGAAAAGACCCAAACUGUGGCCUCACCCCUCAGACUGCCCAUAACAGUUACAUGUCAAGAAUUCCACUACAUGUAUUUUGGUCCCUCACAAAAUUUUGUUCUGGAUCUGUCCUUGGAUCAACGCAGGUGACUGGAUACAGUCAUUGAUAUGGACAUGAUCAUGGACAGUGGUGAAAUUAUUCAGUGAGUUAUUGUUAUGGACACUGGCACGAGUAGCGAUCGGCUACAUGGAUAUGGACGUGUACAUGCUUGACUUGUAUCCUGUGAACUGGAAGUGUUCAAACUAUUGGCUGUGGCUUGGAGUGGCAAGUGCGUCUGGGGAAAAUGCAUGCAGUCACUACCAGGUGGCUUCCAUUGAGGCAUGUAUCAUAUCCAGCUGUAGCCAAGCAAAUUGGACAUUGCCUCAGACAGGAGUCGCAGCAUUGUUAUGUAAUGUAGAGUUAGAUGGCACUCGUCAAUAUGAACACAUUUUAAGUAAGGCUUUAAGGGUUAGCACUCCCAGUUAUGUCAGUUUUCGUAGCCUGUACACUUUGUUCGGACUUUUGGCAUAGAGCUACAUCGAAAACAGUUGAUAAUGUAAAUGGGAAUCGAAUGUGUAAUGCUCAAUUUGGUAGCACCCUUUCGGGUCAAGCUGCAUUUACUUGUGAAAAUAACUAAGACUUUCGAAUCAUUCAGAAUUGCAGAUUGACUGCAGUCGAGUUCGAUUAAUUUUAAUCUAUGUAUGAAUAAGUAUAUAUAAUUUUUUUUUGUCAACACAGAUUUAAGACAUUGCAUUUGUAACCAAAUAAAAGUGAAAUUUUCAUCUCGAUAAGGUUCUGUA